CGGCGCACAGUAAUGGCAGCGCUGUGAGCUGGGGAACGCGAGCUGACAGCCGCCGCCGCCCACCUUCCUCGCCGGGGGCUUCGUCCUUCACUCCUUCGGGCUGCCUCCCCCUCCCCUUGUCCCCUGUCCCUAGUCCCGCUUCUGCAGAAGAUUUCAACACUAAACUUGCACAAUGUCUUUGAAACCAAGAGUAGUAGAUUUUGAUGAAACAUGGAACAAACUUUUAACGACAAUCAAAGCUGUUGUCAUGUUGGAAUACGUCGAAAGAGCAACAUGGAACGAUCGCUUCUCAGAUAUCUAUGCUUUAUGUGUGGCCUAUCCUGAACCCCUUGGAGAAAGACUUUAUACAGAAACUAAGAUUUUUUUGGAAAAUCACGUACGGCAUUUGCACAAGAGAGUUCUGGAGUCUGAAGAGCAAGUACUUGUUAUGUAUCAUAGGUAUUGGGAGGAAUAUAGCAAAGGUGCAGACUAUAUGGACUGCUUGUAUAGGUAUCUCAACACCCAGUUUAUUAAAAAGAAUAAAUUGACAGAAGCUGACCUUCAGUAUGGCUAUGGUGGUGUAGAUAUGAAUGAACCACUUAUGGAAAUAGGAGAGCUAGCAUUGGAUAUGUGGAGGAAAUUGAUGGUUGAACCACUUCAGACCAUCCUUAUCCGAAUGUUGCUCCGAGAAAUAAAAAAUGAUCGUGGUGGAGAAGACCCAAACCAGAAAGUAAUCCAUGGGGUUAUUAACUCCUUUGUUCAUGUUGAACAGUAUAAGAAAAAAUUCCCCUUAAAGUUUUAUCAGGAAAUCUUUGAGUCUCCCUUUCUGACUGAAACAGGAGAGUAUUACAAACAAGAAGCUUCAAAUUUAUUACAAGAAUCAAACUGCUCACAGUAUAUGGAAAAGGUUCUAGGUAGAUUAAAAGAUGAAGAAAUUCGAUGUCGAAAAUACUUGCAUCCAAGUUCAUAUACUAAAGUGAUUCAUGAAUGUCAGCAACGAAUGGUAGCAGACCACUUACAGUUCUUACAUGCAGAAUGUCAUAAUAUCAUCCGACAAGAGAAAAAAAAUGACAUGGCAAAUAUGUAUGUCUUACUUCGUGCUGUGUCCACUGGUUUACCUCAUAUGAUUCAGGAGCUGCAAAAUCAUAUCCAUGAUGAGGGCCUUAGAGCAACCAGUAAUCUUACUCAGGAAAAUAUGCCAACACUAUUUGUGGAGUCAGUUUUGGAAGUACAUGGUAAAUUUGUUCAACUUAUCAACACUGUUUUAAAUGGUGAUCAGCACUUUAUGAGUGCAUUGGAUAAGGCCCUUACAUCAGUUGUAAAUUACAGAGAACCCAAGUCUGUUUGCAAAGCACCCGAACUGCUUGCUAAGUACUGUGACAACUUAUUAAAGAAGUCAGCGAAGGGGAUGACCGAGAAUGAAGUAGAGGACAAACUCACGAGCUUCAUUACCGUUUUCAAGUAUAUCGAUGAUAAGGAUGUUUUUCAAAAGUUCUACGCAAGAAUGCUGGCAAAACGUUUAAUUCAUGGGUUAUCUAUGUCUAUGGAUUCUGAAGAAGCCAUGAUCAAUAAAUUAAAGCAAGCCUGUGGUUAUGAGUUUACCAGCAAGCUACAUCGGAUGUAUACAGAUAUGAGUGUCAGUGCCGAUCUCAACAAUAAAUUUAACAAUUUUAUCAAAAAUCAAGACACAGUAAUAGAUUUGGGAAUUAGUUUUCAAAUAUAUGUUCUACAGGCUGGUGCAUGGCCUCUUACUCAGGCUCCUUCAUCUACAUUUGCAAUUCCCCAGGAAUUGGAAAAAAGUGUACAGAUGUUUGAAUUAUUUUACAGCCAGCAUUUCAGUGGAAGGAAACUGACAUGGUUACAUUAUCUCUGUACAGGUGAAGUUAAAAUGAACUAUUUGGGCAAACCAUAUGUAGCCAUGGUUACCACAUACCAAAUGGCAGUUCUUCUUGCCUUUAACAACAGUGAAACCGUCAGCUAUAAAGAGCUUCAGGACAGCACUCAGAUGAACGAAAAGGAACUGACAAAAACAAUCAAAUCAUUACUUGAUGUGAAAAUGAUUAACCAUGAUUCAGAAAAGGAAGACAUUGAUGCAGAAUCUUCAUUUUCAUUAAAUAUGAACUUUAGCAGUAAAAGAACAAAAUUUAAAAUUACUACAUCAAUGCAGAAAGACACACCACAGGAAAUGGAGCAGACUAGAAGUGCUGUAGAUGAGGACCGGAAAAUGUAUCUCCAGGCUGCUAUAGUUCGUAUCAUGAAAGCACGAAAAGUACUUCGUCAUAAUGCCCUUAUUCAAGAGGUGAUUAGCCAGUCAAGAGCUAGGUUUAAUCCUAGUAUCAGCAUGAUUAAGAAGUGUAUUGAAGUUCUGAUAGACAAACAGUACAUCGAACGCAGCCAAGCGUCAGCAGAUGAAUACAGUUACGUAGCGUGAUGUCGCUCUCCUCUAGUGUGGGUGUGAGAAGAUCAUUGCCAUCACCAUUUGGUGUGUUCCUGUGGGAAAAAGCAGGCCUGUGCCUCCAUAAUUUGGUCAUUUGGCAGCCCCUGUUUUUCUGCUGUUUACAACAUCACCAGUGCCACGUCAUGAGCGUCAGAGAAAAUGCCUAGAGAUAUUUCAAGCUCAUGUCAUUAUGACAUUUCUUAAAACUUUAUUAAAAGAAUGAGUGAAGUAUUGCUGAAAUGUGGAAAUUUGGUUGGGUACCAUGCUUUUUCUCCCUUCACGUUUGCAGUUGAUGUGUUUUUUUUUUUAAUGUAUCUUAAAGGACAAAAAAUAAAAAACUUAAAUAUUGUAAUAUGACAGAUAACCUAAUAAUUGUAUCUACAUUAAAAUGACAAACAUGAUAAUGCUGCUUGUCAAAUAAAAAAAAUAAAGAAAUAGAAUGCCUUUUUUUAU